GUCACUCAAGGGCGCAGUAAACACUGAGCAUGUGACACUCGAGAGCCUGUAAGAUCCACGGUGUUUCUGUUUUUUCUAAUAAUCCAUGACGAGCCUCUCCUGACCAAACCCCGUCAUCAACACACACAAACAACACUGGACAAGUGACAAUGGCGACCAGACGGGCCUCGGUGUCCUCGUCCUCGGCGGGUCUGGAGGCCUGGUUCCCCGCUCCCGGCGGCGGGGAGGAUGAGCCGGAGCUGCGGCGGCUUCGGGAGCGGCUGCGCGGGUGGCUGUCGCAGUGUGAGCCCGCGGUGAUCUGCGCGCAGCGGCUGCUGGUGUGGGAGAGGCCGCUGCACAGCAUCAUCGCCGCGCUAGCGCUCAACACGCUCUUCUGGCUUCUGUCGUCCACAUCUUUGAGACCCUUGUUCCUCCUUAGUGUGUCUCUCAUUGGACUGACUUUACUGGAGCGAUGGAAAGACAAGCUGCCACAGAUCACUGUGUGGCAUCCAGAGGCGUCUGUUAUUGAGCGAGAAGCGCUCACUGAUCAGCCACGUCUGUUAAGCGUGGAGGAGCUCAGCCAUCAUCUCGCUGAGAGUUACCUCACCUUCAGCCUCUACAUCCAAGAAAUGCUUCUGUACAAACGGCAAAACCACGGCAAGUUCUGCAUCAUGAUGUGUUCAGGAUGUUUCAUGCUGGCCGUGGUUGGACACUACAUUCCUGGGAUAAUGAUCUCCUACAUCAUAUUGCUGAGCGUGCUGCUGUGGCCGCUGGUGGUUUACCAUGAGCUGAUCCAGAAAAUGUACACCGGACUGGAGCCCAUACUGAUGAAACUCGACUACAGCAUGAAAGGAGACACACAGCGCCGCAAAUAUGACAAGAGAAAGCUGAAGAAGGAGCAGGAAGAGGGUGAUGAGCCGAGGGCAGAGACGGAGAGUGAGAGCGAGGAGGAGCUGUCAUGUUUCGCCCCUACUGUGGAUGUGAAGACUACAGCUCUGGCGAUGGCCAUCACAGACUCUGAGCUGUCUGAUGAGGAGGCGUCUAUACUGGAGAGUGGAGGAUUCUCUGUGUCCAGAGCCACCACACCACAGCUCACAGACGUCUCUGAAGACCUGGAUCAGCAGAGCGUGCACAGUGAACCAGAGGAGGCGUUCACUAGAGACCUAGCAGAGUUCCCAUCAGUCGACGAGCUGCCUUCUAUUGAACGGGGUCUGUUCCCAUUCCCGCUGGGCGCUCUCGGGUCCGAGCAGGCAGGAGCGUCCGCCUCCGAGCACCAGGAGGAAGCGCCGUCUCCAGCCAGCCUCCUCAUUCAGCACUUAGCAUCUCCGCUUCACUUUGUCAACACGCACUUUAAUGGACACGGACAAGCGGCGGGAGCAGACCAAAGCAUUGCGGGAACUGAAAAAAAGGGUGCUUCGAUACCCGCUCGGUCCUUGGAAGCCCUCAGCGAGGAAAUAGUGAGCACGGCCAUCUCCACCGUAGUACAGAACACUCUCUCAGCCCUGUUACGGUCUAGGGAGGCGAGCGAAGGUUUGUCAAUUGCUUCGUUUCUUCCCACCGAAACACCUCCUUGCCCCAUGGAAUCGCCUCUCGAGUCGCCGUCGGCCCAAGAAGCCAGCGCAGAAGAAGAGGACGUCGACGUCACCGAAGCAAGCACCGAAGAGCAACCGGAUGUCACGCUCGUGCCCGCGGAGGAAGAGGACUUUGAGCUUCUGGACCAAAGCGAACUGGAACAAAUGGAUGAGGGGUUGGGCCUAGGACAAGAGGUGGGUGGGGCUUCCACAGACACGCCCCCAAGCAGUCAGCAGCAUGAAGAGCAGCAGGAUUCCUAGCUUCCCGUCAUCUAAACUGUUUAUUUUAUUUAUAGUUCAUGUAGAUACCAUAUACUGACACAAAUGAUUUGUGAAAGGGAAUGUUGCGGUCAACUAUGCCUUUAAUUUGUUGUUUUCGGGAGUGAGAUCACUGUGAUUGUUGGUGGGCUUUUGUUUCCUUAGCAGGUGAAUGUCCAAAACGUAAAAUGUUUUUUUUUUUUGACAGAUCCAAAUGGCCUUCAGCCUCAAAUCCAGCCACUCAGAUUUAAAAUACUUAGACUUAGUUUUAAUCAUUUACAACACUGUAUGUAUAUUUUGACAAAGACCACACGUCUGCGACAGAUAACAAGAGCCCUCUGGUUUAUCAAUCCCACCUGACUGUCAUCAGUGCAUCGGGUCAUGGGAAGAAGCCAUGUGGGCUGAGUUUUAUUUGCUUGUCGGGCUGGGAGGGUUUGUGUGGAAGGAGAGGAUGAGCAGGAUGUGAAAAGCUGGUUAUGUCAAAGAUUUCUUUUAAUUAUCAUAGCUGAACUAAUAUAUAUAUUCUAUAAUAUAUGGAUGGUUUGAUUUAUUAAAAUUGUUUAGAGUGAAGAAUAGUUUACUAUUACACGUCUCGAAUAAAUAAUUAAGCUGCAAGGUUUAUAUUCGGAGAUGGAAGUUAAAAAAGUUUAGCACAUUUGGCUGCAUUGCAAUUGCAAAUCAAUUUCUGAAAAUUGUUUUGAGAAAUGAAUAUUGGACUGUGCCAUUGAUUUAUUUUUGAGGAUGUAAUCUGUAAAGUACUUUCGUCGCACAAAGGUGAUUGUGAAUGCAGCUUAGCACACUUUAGCUAUCAGAAAAAUUCCCCAAUAUUAGCGGUUGAUUUUUUUUUCCCUUUCUGAUGUCAUAAAAAUUUAGGAGAUUAACUCUGUUCAUCUUCAGGCUCAAUAUAUUGUAAUUGGUUGCAUUUUUUAACUAUUGUUUGUGUGCACAUGCUUACAUUUUGCAGGGCUUUUUCUGGAUUUUCAUAACCAUGCCAAAUAUACUACUGUUCAGAAGUUUGGGGUCAGUAAGAUUUACUUUUUUUAGUUCAUGUAUUUAUUUUUCAUGUAUUUUAUUUUUAGUGCUGGGCAACAAUUAAUUGCGAUUAAUCGCAUCCAAAAGAAACAUUUCUGUGUACAUAAUAUAUGUGUGUACUGUGUAUAUUUAUUAUAUAUAUAUAAAUACACACACAUGCAUGUAUAUAUUUAAGAAAAAUGUUAUGUUUAUAUAUAUAUAUAUAUAUAUAUAUAUAUAUCAUAAAUUAUGAUUAUAAAUAUAUACAUGUAAACACAUGUACAUAUUUUUAAAAUAUAUACUGUAUGUGUGUGUUUUUAUAUAUACAUAAUAAAUAUACACAGUACACACACGUACACAAAAACUAAUUUGGACGCGAUUAAUCGAUUACAUUUAUUUUAUUUUUAUAUAUAUAUUUUUUGAAAGCAUUAAAUUGAUUAAAAGUGAUUAAAAUAAUUUUAUUUCAAAUAAAUGCUGCUCUUUUUUUAACUUUCCAGUAGAAUUCUGAAAAAAAAAAAAAACUGCAUAAUAAUAAUAAUAAAAAUAAAUUAUUAUUAAAUUAGAAUUAGAUUUCUAAAGAAUCAUGUGACAUUAAAGACUGGAGUGAUGAUGCUGAAAAUUCAGCUUUUGAUUACAGAAAUAAAUUACAUAAUUUGACAACUUUUAAAAUACAUUAAAGUAGAAAACAUCAAAUAAUUUGAUCAAAUAAAUGCUUAAAACUUAAAAAAAAAAAUCUUACAGACUCCAAACUUUUGAACAGUAGUGUACGUUGUAUUUCAUUGUACAAAUCACAUCAAGAGCUCACAGAUUGCCUGAAAUAUAAUUUACAUGACAAACUAAAAUUUAACUGUACGAAGUUUGAAUAGAUUUCGUGCAUGGACUUGACUGAAUUAAUUUCGUUUUUUUAAGCAAAUGAUUGAGCCUUAUUUGUAUGUGUCUUUGUAAGAUGUAUGCAAUAACUCAUCCAUUUCUAGAAUUGACAACGUAAAGCUCUAACAGCAUAUUUGGGAUUAUUUUUAAAGAAUUUGAUUAUUCAUUUGUCUUCAUGCCAGUGUUGAAGGUCUUACAUGACAAUGAAAGAAUAUGAAAGAAUAAGAUUUUAUGAUCCAAUAUAUAGAUAUAUUUUUCAAUUAUUAAUCAUACUAAAGGGAAAUAUCUUUUAAACUGGAAAUGUGUAUAUAAAUGUAUAUAUUUGAAGGCCUGUAACAUGGGACGUACCAUUUUUUCACACAGAAAGAACGUUUUACAGAUCUGGUUAUUGACUGGAGGCAGGUUGACAUUCCUUUAAAGUUGCAAGUUAUUCUUACGUUGUGUCCUAACCAAUCAUAAUGUGUACCUUUUUCUAAAUCUGACUGGUCUGAAAUCCUGCAUUGCCUGAUUGUAUUAGUUUCAGUGUGGAAAAGCACACUGCUUGUCGCAUCGCAUUUGUUUGGUUAGGACGCAGUGUUUUUGCUUUGCACGACUGAGUGCGUUUCGCCCCUUCUCCUGUAGAUACCCACAAACUGACACGUCUGAUCCAGACCGCUGAGAUUUGUGUUUUCGGAUAUUUACGAAGAGAUUAUCUUUGUGUAAUAGUGGUUGUGUUUUGCUCAUGCUGUUACUGCUUUAUGAUCUAUAAAAAAGCACUUAGAGCAUUUAACUACAAAAUGUAUUGUUGAAUGUCAUUUUGUUAUUCUGACUUGCACCUCCAUAUAUAUCUCUAAUAUACACCCAUAAGCUGGUUUUCAACUUCAAAUGCUUUGUGUUUAUUUGAAAACAGGGAUUGUUUUCAUGGAAUUGAAUUUGUAUAUAAAUUGUGAACUGUA